GGCCGGCUCCCUCCGGCCCCGCGGUGCGGUGCGCGCCUGCGCUGGCCCUCGCCUCGGAGCAGCCAUGAUGGAAGGCCUGGACGACGGCCCCGACUUCCUCUCGGAGGAGGACCGCGGACUUAAAGCAAUAAAUGUAGAUCUUCAAAGUGAUGCUGCUCUGCAAGUGGACAUUUCUGAUGCUCUUAGUGAGAGAGAUAAAGUAAAAUUCACUGUUCACACAAAGAGUUCAUUGCCAAAUUUUAAACAAAAUGAGUUUUCUGUUGUUCGACAACAUGAGGAAUUCAUUUGGCUUCAUGAUUCCUUCGUUGAAAAUGAAGACUACGCGGGUUACAUUAUCCCACCAGCACCACCAAGACCCGAUUUUGAUGCUUCAAGGGAAAAACUACAGAAGCUUGGAGAAGGAGAAGGGUCCAUGACAAAGGAAGAAUUCACAAAGAUGAAACAGGAACUGGAAGCUGAAUAUUUGGCAAUAUUCAAGAAGACUGUUGCAAUGCAUGAAGUGUUCCUAUGUCGUGUGGCAGCACAUCCUAUUUUGAGAAAAGAUUUAAAUUUCCACGUCUUCUUGGAAUAUAAUCAAGAUCUGAGUGUGAGAGGAAAAAAUAAGAAAGAGAAACUUGAAGAUUUCUUUAAGAACAUGGUUAAAUCAGCAGAUGGAGUAAUUGUUUCAGGAGUAAAGGAUGUAGAUGAUUUCUUUGAGCAUGAACGAACAUUCCUUUUAGAAUAUCAUAACCGAGUUAAGGAUGCAUCUGCUAAAUCUGAUAGGAUGACAAGAUCCCACAAAAGUGCUGCAGAUGAUUACAAUAGAAUUGGUUCUUCAUUAUAUGCUUUAGGAACUCAGGAUUCUACAGAUAUAUGCAAGUUUUUUCUCAAAGUUUCAGAACUGUUUGAUAAAACAAGAAAAAUAGAAGCACGAGUGUCUGCUGAUGAGGACCUCAAGCUUUCCGACCUUUUAAAAUAUUACUUAAGAGAAUCUCAAGCUGCUAAGGAUCUCCUCUAUCGAAGAUCUAGGUCACUAGUGGAUUAUGAAAAUGCAAAUAAAGCACUGGAUAAAGCAAGAGCAAAAAAUAAAGAUGUCCUGCAGGCUGAAACAUCCCAACAGUUAUGUUGUCAGAAAUUUGAAAAAAUAUCUGAAUCUGCAAAACAAGAACUUAUAGAUUUUAAGACAAGAAGAGUUGCCGCGUUCAGAAAAAACUUAGUGGAACUGGCAGAGUUAGAACUGAAGCAUGCAAAGGGUAACCUACAGUUGCUGCAGAACUGCUUGGCAGUGUUAAACGGAGACACAUAAGCCGCACUCCACCUUCGGCUAAAAAGGGCUGCCUUCCUUCAGAUUUUAUUUUUGUUUUCUGAAUGAUAUUAAAGCAUUUACUGCUCACCGGGAAGAAAAGAAACAGCCGACAAAGUGCAUCUACUCUCCUUUUUUUCUGAGAAACAAUGGAGCGGAGCCGUCCAUGGGUUCUGCCGAUCUGUGGGGGGACACUGCCCCCCUGUACCCGAAUGCUCCCUGGGACAGCCGUGGGUCACCUCGCGCUCCUCCUCUUCCAAAGCCCAGAGUUCAGUCUUUUCCUUAAGUAGCCUCCGUAGCUGUGUUUAUUUUAUGCGUAGUAUUCCUUACGGCUGCCAGCCUCGUUUACGUUUAAGUACUUUCUGAAGUUUAACCCUUUUGAAGAUACAUUGUUCAAACAAGGGCAAGAUUGCCGGCCGUCACCUUCUUUUGAAUUUUGUUCUCAAAAGACAUUGUGUACCACCUUAGUUCAUUCAUGUAUCCUGGUAAAGCAUCGUAAUCAGACUUGUUUUUAAUUGAUGAACAUUUCUUAGAAGUUUUGGGACAGACUUUAUGUAAUCUUUAUAAGUAUGAUUUCUGAUGAAGAGCAAAUGCAUUAGUAUGUUUGCCUUAAACUUGUAGACUAAACCAACUAUUAUCAAAUAAAAAGUGAUAACAGUGA